GCGGCGGGCUGGGCGGGCUGAGUUUCGUGGGCGUGGGGUACAGCGGCCGCCAUGAACUUCUCCGAGGUGUUCAAGCUUUCCAGCCUGCUCUGCAAGUUCUCCCCGGACGGCAAGUACCUGGCUUCCUGCGUCCAGUACCGGUUAGUGGUCCGGGAUGCGAACACCCUCCAGAUCCGCCAGCUGUACACGUGCCUGGACCAGAUCCAGCACAUCGAGUGGUCGGCCGACUCGCUCUUCAUCCUGUGUGCCCUCUACAAGCGGGGGCUGGUGCAGGUGUGGUCUUUGGAGCAGCCAGAGUGGCACUGCAAAAUAGACGAGGGUUCGGCAGGGCUGGUGGCUUCCUGCUGGAGCCCCGAUGGGCGCCACAUCCUCAACACGACGGAAUUCCACCUGCGGAUAACCGUCUGGUCCUUGUGCACAAAGUCCGUGUCCUACAUCAAAUACCCUAAGGCUUGUCAGCAGGGAAUAACCUUUACCAGGGACGGCCGCUACCUGGCGCUGGCCGAGAGGCGGGACUGCAAAGACUACGUGAGCAUCUUGGUCUGCAGCGACUGGCAGCUCCUGCGGCACUUUGACACGGACACGCAGGACCUGGCCGGGAUUGAGUGGGCCCCCAACGGCUGCGUGCUGGCCGCCUGGGACUCCUGCCUGGAGUACAAGAUCCUGCUCUACUCCCUGGACGGCCGGCUCCUGUCUACGUUCUGUGCUUACGAGUGGUCCCUGGGCAUCAAGUCCGUGGCCUGGAGCCCCAGCAGUCAGUUCCUGGCAGUCGGGAGCUACGACGGAAAGGUGCGGAUUCUUAACCACGUAACUUGGAAAAUGAUCACAGAAUUCGGGCAUCCCGCAACCAUUAAUAAUCCCAAAAUAGUGGUGUACAAGGAGGCCGAGAAGAGCCCGCCACUGGUGCUGGGCCGCCUGGCCUUCCCUCCGCCCAGAGCAGCGGCCGGGCCCCUGUCCUCCACGGAGAGCAAAUACGAGGUCGCCUCGGUGCCGGUCUCCUUACAGACUCUGAAGCCUGCCCCCGACAGAGCCAACCCCAGGAUCGGCAUUGGGGCGCUGGCCUUCAGUCCUGACAGCUGCUUCCUGGCGACGAGGAGUGACAGCGUCCCCACCGCCGUCUGGAUCUGGGACAUCCAGAAGCUGAGGCUGCUCGCGGCGCUGGAGCAGCUGUCCGCCGUGCGCUGCUUCCAGUGGGACCCGCGGCAGGCCCGGCUGGCCAUCUGCACGGGGGGCAGCAAGGUGUACCUGUGGUCGCCGGCGGGCUGCGUGUCGGUGCAGGUGCCCGGGGAAGGUGACUUCCAGGUGCUCUCCCUGUGCUGGCACCUGAGUGGGGACUCCCUGGCCCUCCUCAGCAAGGACCACUUCUGCCUGUGCUUCCUGGAGACGGAGCAGGGGGUCGGCACAGCCUUCGGGCAGAGGGGUGACCACACGUAGGACCCGUGCAUGAUCAGGCCCACGUGGCUCAAGGUGGGAGACCUCGGCUUGUGUCGGCCGCGGGAAAGGAGCAGAGCUUCUUGGUGCAGGGUCUCCCACUGGGGUGGCCCGGAGGAAAUGCUUUGCUUCCAUUUUUCUAUAGGCAAAGCAUUUUUGUUAAUAUGUAUGGUAUAAAACUAAUUUUUGUUACUUAAAAUAAAUAUUUGCUAAUUCAUAAAA